CCAUGUCUGAGAAAAGGAAAAGUGAUGCAGAGAGUGGAAAAUCAACCAAGAAGCCCGGGAAAGCCCGUACACUUUGGAAAUUAAACAUGAAAUGUUGAAGCUUCACAAUACAAACAUGAAAUUAUAUGAACUAGGUAAUUGAGUUGUCUCGUUCAAAUGUGAGUAUGAUUUUGAAGGACAAGGCUAAAUAUCUAAAGGAAGUGAAGAAUGCAAGGCCAAUGCAAACAACACUGAUUAGGAAACGUGAUAGGCUCAUUCCUGAGAUGGAAAAACUUUUAAUUUUGUGGAUAAAUGAUCAGACGUACUUCCAUAUGUCUCUCAAUCAAGCCAUGAUUUUGACUAAGGCUAAAAGUCUCUUGAGGCACUGAAGAAUGAACAUGGUGAAACAUCCAAGAUCGAUUCUUUCAGUGCUAGCAAGUAUUGGUUUGACCGCUUUAGGAAGAGAGCUGGUUGGCAUAACAUUUGAGUCCAGGGAGAAGCAGCCAUGCCAACACAGAAGCAGCAAAGGAUUUUCCACAGAAACUAGCCAAAAUUAUCAAAGAGGAAGGCUAUUCUCAUCAGGUGUUCAGUGUCGACGAAACUGGACUUUAUUAGAAGAAAAUGCCAUCAAGGACUUCUAUCACAAAGGAAGAAAAGUCAAUGCCUGGAUUCAAAGCAGCUAAAGAUCGACUGACUUUGUUGUUGGGGGCUAAUGCUGCAGGGGACUGCACAUUGAAACCGAUGCUUGUCUUCUGUGCUGAGAACCCAAGGGCGCUUAAGUGUUUGGUGAAGGGAACCGUUCCAGUCAUUUGGAAAUAGAAUUCCAAAUUUUGGGUGACUGCAUCUCUUCUUGAAGAUUGGUUCAGCUAUAAUUUUGUUCCUGAGGUCCAAAAAUAUUGUGCUGAAAAUGACCUUCCAUUUAAAGCACUACUCAUUUUGGACAAUGCUCCAGGCCAUCCCAGAAUUUUUCAACAUGCGAAUCUGAACAUCAAGAUUAUUUUCUUGCCCCCUAACAUGACUGCAUUGCUUCAACCAAUGGACUAGAGGGUCAUCAGUUCGUUCAAGGCUUAUUAUCUUGGAGGAACUUUCAAGAGGCUGGUAGAAGCAGUUGACAAAGAAAGUGGACCAACAAUCAAUGAAUUCUGGAAGUCUUUCAGUGUUUUGGAUACCGUGAAAAUCAUUAAAGAAGCCUGGAAAGUAGUCACCGAAUCCAACCUCAGGGGAGUUGGGAAGAAACUCUGCCCUGAAUUUGUUCAGGAUGUUGAGGAUUUUCAAGAUCCUUUAGCAGAAGUCACUGGAUCUGUGGUUAAGAUGGCAAAUUGUCUGGAUCUCAAAGUCUCUCCUGAAGACGUGACUGAGUUGUUGGAUUCUCAUGCUCAGGAGCUCACCAAUGAAGAUCUUUUGGAAAUCGAAGAACAAAGGAUCAUUGAAGAACAGGUUACUGUUGAGACUCCCUCUCCCCCAGCAUUUACCAUUCAAAGACUUUUGGAGGCAUUCAAGGGUCUCAAGUCAGCGCUGAACAAUUUCGAGACAAUUAUCCUAAUUUUGAACACAGUUUGAAGGUUAUUUCAACAAUUAAGAAUGCUUACGCUUGCUACAAGGACAUUUUCUAUGUAAAGAAGAAAGCAUCUUCAGUCGAAACCUAUUAGAUUCCUAUUUUAAGACGCCUCAAUCAGUCCAGUCCACUGAGAAAAGCCUCCCAGAAACUAACUUCAUCUCAACAAGCUCCCCCAAUCUAGCCCUCCUCCUCUUCCAAGAUUGGAUUUUGACCAUCCAGAUGACCCUGAUGCAGUCCCAGUCUCCUCCCCUUCUGCUUUUCUCCAAUAACCAUCUCCCUCCCCAGAUGAAGAAGAUGAAGGUAUUUUCUGUGCUUUAUUUUCAUAUUGAAUGUUUGUUUUAAGUUAAUAAAUGUUUGUAAAGGCAUCUAUUAGCAUUUUAUUUACUUUUCCUCCAUUUCCGUAGUCAAUUUUGGUAUUUUUAGGGUACGAAAUGGGUUUCUGGGAACAGAACCGCCAUUUAAAACAUUGCGCCUAUGGGAAAUAAGCAUUCAACUAACGAGGGUUCCUCAGGAACCAAUAACGUCGUAGGUGCAGGGGUUGCCUGUACACAGGUAUAGCCUGUGAGCUAGUCACUUGCAGCUUCAUCUUUGCAAAGGGCUGGUGACAGACCUUGCUGGGCCCUGGGCAAGGGUGGAGGUUGUCCUUGGGCCUUCCCCUCCCCUGAAAGGGCAGGACCUCAGGCAGAAGGGAGGGAGCUAGGGUCUAGCCUCCCCCAUCCAUCCCUCAGUGGCACCCAGGCUCCUACAGUGAUUCAAAGGGCCCGAGGCUCCAUCCACGGCUGCUUUUAAAUGGAUGGGCCCUGGGGCAACCCCUUUUGCUCCCCUCUUCGCUAAUGCUAAGCAAAAUGGAAGGGCAGGAGCACUUGGAGUAACGCAGCUCUUGGCGGGGGGUGGAGAAGAGAUCAGCGCCGAGGAAGGGGUUGUGGAUUCAUACUUUGGGGACAAGAGUUCUUAUGCAGAAAAUGUUAGCACAAUGAAUUUUACAAGCUCUUCUUCUGCAAGAGGACUAAAUAGUGCCUGGGUGGGAAAAACUCCUCUCUCAUCUAGUAGAUCAGGUUGUAGAAGCAGGACCCCUCUCAUGGGAUACUCAGUUACAUCCUCAUCUGCUGUCUCUGCUCACAUGGUCGCAUCUGUUAUUGUAGCUGUAGUAGAAGGGAGAGGACUUGCCAGAGGUGAAGUAGGAAUGGCUAGUAUUGACUUAAAAACCCCUGAAGUGGUAUUAUCCCAAUUUGCAGACAACACAACCUAUGCCAAGGUUAUCACAAAACUCAAGAUUUUAACACCGUUAGAAAUAAUAAUGUCAAAUACUGCUUGUGAUACAGGGAAUACAACAAAAUUGUUCAGUUUGAUGAUAGAAAAUUUCAAGAAUGUGACUUUUACUACAGUCCAACGAAAAUACUUCAAUGAAACAAAAGGAUUGGAAUAUAUAGAACAGUUGUGUACAUCUGAAUUUAGCACUGUGCUAAUGGAGGUUCAGUCCAAGAGGGUUGUCUCGUGGAUUCAGUCCCUGUGGAAGUCACCUGCUGGGUUUUGGGGCUUCAUCAGGGAUAGGCUGAAGUCGCAAGCCCAGGGAGGUGUGCCCUGCUCUCAAAUUUCUAAAGAUUGUCAUAUAUGGCAUGGAAGAUAUUACUGUCUAGCAGCUGUUGCAGCUUUGCUAAAAUAUGUUGAAUUUAUUCAAAAUUCAGUUUAUGCUCCUAAGUCACUUAAGGUUCGUUUCCAGGGAAGUGAGCAAACUGCUAUGAUAGAUUCAUCAUCAGCCCAAAAUCUUGAAUUGUUAACUAACAAUAGAGAUUCUCGGAAUGGUCACACUCUUUUUGGCGUUCUAAAUUAUACUAAAACUCCAGGUGGAAGUCGAAGACUUAGGUCUAAUAUCCUGGAGCCUCUGGUUGAUGCUGAAACAAUUAACACAAGAUUGGAUUGUAUUCAGGAACUACUCCAGGAGGAGGAACUCUUCUUUAGUCUUCAGGCAGUGAUUUCAAAAUUCCUGGAUACUGAACAACUUCUUUCAGUUCUAGUACAAAUUCCAAAGCAAGAUACGAUUAAAGCUGCUGAAUCAAAGAUAACUAAUUUAAUCUAUCUGAAGCAUACCCUGGAACUUGUGGAUCCUCUAAAGGCUGCUUUGAGAAGCUGCAAGACACCUCUGUUCAAGGCAUACUACAAUUCUCUGGAAGAUAAAAGGUUUGGAAUCAUACUUGAAAAGAUUAAAACUGUCAUUAAUGAUGAUACAAGAUACACAAAAGGAUGCCUGAAUAUGAGGACUCAGAAGUGCUACGCAGUGAGGCCAAACAUCAAUGAAUUCCUUGAUAUAGCUCGUAGAACAUACACAGAGAUUGUAGAUGACAUAGCAGGAAUGAUAACUCAGCUAGGAGAAAAGUACAACCUACCUUUGAAAAUGAGCUUCAGCUCUGCUCGUGGAUUUUUUAUCCAGAUAAAUGCAGAAUGUGCAGCACUACCUAAUGGCCAGCUUCCUUCAGAAUUUACAAAGNUCACUAAAAUGAAAAAUGCAUAUAGCUUUACUUCAGCAGACUUAAUUAAAAUGAAUGAAAGGUGUCAAGAGUCCUUGAGAGAAAUUUAUCAUAUGACCUACUUAAUAGUCUGUAAAUUACUGAGUGAAAUCUAUGAACAUAUCCAUUGCCUAUACAAACUCUCUGACACUGUGUCAAUGUUAGAUAUGUUGCUGUCAUUUGCCCAUGCCUGCACUCUUUCUGACUAUGUUCGUCCAGAAUUUACUGAUACCUUAGCAAUCAAGCAGGGAUGGCAUCCCAUUCUUGAAAAGAUAUCUAUGGAAAAACCUGUUUCUAAUAACACUUACAUCACAGAAGGCAGCAAUUUUAUCAUUAUUACAGGACCAAAUAUGAGUGGAAAAUCAACUUAUCUGAAACAGAUUGCUCUCUGUCAAAUUAUGGCACAGAUAGGUUCUUAUGUUCCAGCAGAAUAUUCUUCUUUUAGAAUUGCUGAGCAGAUUUUCACUAGAAUUGGUAUGGAUGAUGAUAUAGAAACAAAUUCAUCAACAUUCAUGAAGGAAAUGAAAGAGAUAACAUAUAUCAUACAAAAUGCUAAUCAUAGAUCGCUUAUCAUCAUUGAUGAACUUGGCAGAGGAACCAGCACUGAAGAAGGUAUUGGCAUUUGUUAUUCAGUGUGUGAAUAUCUACUGAGUGUAAAGGCAUUUACCCUGUUUGCUACACAUUUCCUAGAACUGUGUCACAUAGAUGCUAUAUAUCCCAACGUGGAAAAUUAUCAUUUUGAAGUACAACAUGUGAGAAACAGUGCUGGAAAUAAGGAAAAUAUAACUUAUACUUACAUACUUUCUAAAGGACACACAGAGGAAAAAAACUAUGGAUUAAAAGCUGCAGAAGUUUCUUCUCUACCACCAUCAAUAAUUUUGGAUGCAAAGGAGAUCACAACUCAUAUUGCUAAACAAAUUUUGCAAAAGCAAAGAAGCAGUCCUGAAACAUUAAAACAGAGGGCUGUAUACCAUCUAGCAACAAGGUUGGUUCAGACUGCAAGGAACUCUCAAUUGGAUCCAGACAGUUUGCGAAUAUUUUUGAAAGGUCUGAAAAAAAAAUAUGAAGCUGAUUGUCCUGUAUCUGGACAAGCACAAACAGAAGAUGGACAGUAAUGUACAGCUUACACUGAUUGAAUAAUUUAUUUAGUGAGGACCAGAAUAUUUAUUCAACACUGAAAUGUAACUUUUAAAUUUUUUUUAAAUAUUUACUCAACGUAAAUUACACUCACUACUAAAGCACUACCUUCCCCAUAUGUGAGUAUAAGUAGUUAUUCUGAAGAAUUUUUUAAACAAAUUUUAAACAGAAGCACUUAUUUUUUUAUAAAUAAUAUUAAAAAGUCCCUGGCAAGUGAGGAGGUGUUCUUUUGGCCGGUCACUGCUAGCCAGAGGCAGGACAUUUAGCACACCUCUGGAAAUAAUUUUGGCUGAAUGUGGCCAAAUUUAAGGUCUAUUCACAUCUUUGAGUUGGGGCCAAUGAGUAUCUCCCCCCACCUUAGUGAGAGCUGUAGGAGGGAUUCUCUUUAAUUUUGUGUCAUUUUCUCUUUGAGCAACCGUGUGGGGGGGAAUACAAAAAAGUUAGUUGUAUAUUUUUUAAAUCUAAGUUCAUAGUUUAAGGUUUUAUUAAAUGUUUGUAUGCCAGUUAAUAAAUAGUGUUUCCUAAAUCAUAGCGGUUUACUGUUCUCCUGAGACUAUUUUACUUUCACAUAUUUAAAAAAUAUCAAGCAAAAAAACCUUUAAAAUUCAGCUGCCAAUGUUUCUUUUUCAAAAGUGGCUCCUGCCAUAACUGUGUCAAUUACAAAGAAAAAUGAAAGACACAGUAUUUUGGCUGAAGGCAGUUAGCAGUAAAGACUUCGUAAUCCUCAAUUCCCCCAUGGCUUCCAGUGAUUUUACAUGGAUUUGUAAAUCAGUUAAAAAUACUGCCAAUACAUUUUUCUCCAAUGUUUUUCCUCCAUUUUAUAGGUUGUUAUUAUUCACAGAGCACCCCAGAUGUUAUAGACAUGUUACAUAGACAUGACUGGUCUCUGCUUUAAAGAGUUUAUAAUCUAAACUGAAGAUGCAGAUAAAAAUGGGAGAAAGGAAUUAACAAAAUAAAAUUAAUUCUUUCCCACUUAUCCCAAUAUUAUUCUCACUGAACUAUUAUCUAUUGUACCAGUUUUUAAUCUCUUACUAUAGUUGGAGACUGUAGGGUUGCUUAAAGGCAAGGUUGCCUAACAUUUUCUAUUCUAAGACCCUUUUUACAAUUGCUUAUAACUUUGCCAAACUUAAGGCUGAAAUUUUUCAUACUGGGUGUCUGUCUCAAGUUAAUACUUCAUCUGUUUCCCAGAACAAGAUUGGCAACAUAUAGGUUAUGUUACUCUUAUUAAAAAUAUUCUUAUAACUUUUUUAUUGCAAAGCUU